AUGGAUUCAGUUCCCACCAAAGCCAGCAAUGGUGGAGGGAGAAACAUGGGUGUUGAAUAUGUUCUUAAAGUGUUUAUGGGUUUGAUAUUUGUUGGUUAUAUGAUGAUUUGGGUUGUGAUGCCUACUAAACUUUGGAUGCCAAACUGGUGGGUGAAAAUUAGUGCCCAUACCCUCUCUACCAACUUUGGAUUUCAAGGACCUACUCUCUUAAUCUUCACUUUCCCAAUCCUGCUAUUAGCGGUAUUGGGUUGCAUAUAUCUCCAUUUAAGGGAGAAGCAUCUCAAAGAGACAUUCAAAAGGGGUGAGAAGCAGAGAUUGGAAGCAUGGUCUCGUCCUGUAAUUGUGAAGGGUCCCCUGGGGAUCGUCUCAGCCAUGGAGCUUGCCUGUCUCUUGAUGUUUGUGGCUCUCCUCGUCUACUCCUUCUCCACCUACUUGAGCAUCAGUUUCUCAAAGCUAAAACCAGGCCAAAACCCCAUGUGGCAAGCGAAGCUGAGCAGCGUGGCGCUGAGGUUUGGUUUGGUUGGGAAUGUGUGUGCGGCGUUUCUCUUCAUCCCUGUGGCGAGAGGUUCAGUGUUGUUGCAGGUUCUGGGUAUCGGUAAUGAGGCAGGAGUGAAGUAUCACAUUUGGUUGGGACACAUAACCAUGACUUUGUUCACGGCACAUGGUCUUUCCUAUUCUAUCCUUUUUGCUGCAGGACACAAGUUAGAGCUUUUGGGGGACUGGGAAAAGACUGGCGUGUCGAUUGUGGCCGGAGUGGUUGCUCUUUCGGCCGGAAUAGUUAUGUGGGUCACUACUUUAAAGCAGAUAAGAGAGAGGAUGUUUGAGCUAUUCUAUUAUGCUCACCAUCUCUACUUUGUCUUCAUCCUCUUUUAUGUUCUUCACGUUGGUGCCUUCUUCUUCACCAUGAUUCUCCCUGGAGUCUACCUCUUCCUCAUCGAUCGCUUCCUUCGAUUCCUUCAAUCUCGCAGAAAGGUCAGGCUCAUUUCUUCCCGGAUUUUACCUUGCGAAACCGUGGAGCUCACCUUCACUAAGCAGCCGGGUCUGAAGUAUAAUCCCUUGAGCAUGGUGUUUGUGAACGUGCCUAGCAUCUCCAGUUUGCAAUGGCACCCCUUCACUGUGACUUCCAACUCAAAGAUGGAGGUCGAUAAGCUCAGUGUUGUCGUAAAGAGCGAAGGAAGUUGGUCUCGUCGCCUCUUCGACACGGUCUCCAUGGCCCCUGCCCUUGAGCACCUUGAUGUGCACAUUGAAGGUCCCUAUGGGCCUUCCUCUUGCCACUUCUUAAGGCACGAUGCACUGGUCCUGAUCAGUGGAGGGAGUGGCAUAACGCCAUUCAUGUCGGUGGUGCGCGAGCUGGUUGUGAUGUCAGGCACUCUGGGUUCCCCUGUACCCAGCAUCCUCAUGAUUUGUGCCUUCAGGAAUUCAGAUGGCCUCUCCAUGCUUGACGUCCUCCUCCCUCCGUCGAGCCCGAGCAUCUCCGGCCUUGAUUUACGCAUCGAGGCUUUUAUAACCCGAGGAAAACCAGAGUCAGAAGGAAAUGACAGGAAAGACAAGCUCCUUAGAGCUGUGUGGUUCAAACCAAGCCGGAGUGAGGCCCCUGUUUCGGCAAUCCUGGGUCCUACUAAGAGUUGGUUAUGGAUGGGGGCUAUCAUAUCUUCAUCUUUUGUAAUGUUUUUGCUUCUUCUUGGCAUAACCGAGCGCUAUUAUGUCUACCCAAUUGACCACAACACCGGCGAUGUGUAUCCGACAGGGGCUCAUGCGAUGCUUAAUGUGUUGUUUGUGUGUGUGAGCAUAGCUACCAUGGCCACGCUUGCGGUCAUGUGGAAUAGAAGGCAUAGUCCCAUGGAGAUGAAACAAAUUCAGAACUUGGAGUUGCCGACACCGACGACGUCCCCGAGUGCCUGGUCGUACAAUGCAGACCGCGAGCUCGAGAGUCUCCCGCAACAGUCGCUCUUACAGGCCACAAAUAUCCAUAUCGGUGCUAGGCCCGAUCUCACAAAGAUGUUGGAGUCAUAUGGAGAGGCGAGCGAUGGAUCAAGUAUUGGAGUGAUGGUAUGCGGCCCAGAUUCAAUGCGUGAUGAAGCAGCAGCAUUUUGUUCAUCUGCCUUGGCCUACAAUUUCCACUUUGAGUCCCUCAACUUCACCUUCUAA